UCCCUCCCUCUCUCUCUCUUUCUCUCUCUAAAAACCAUCUCUCCUGUUUCUCCCACGCCACCUCUUCUCCCUCCCUGCAUAGCUCUUCGCUCUAUAAAUUUUGCUUACAUAUUUUUUUACGUUAGGGUUUUCUACUUCUACUAGUCUUCCCCGGUUGACGAUUGCAAUGGCCACUGCGCCGUUGAAGUCCCAGCCUCUCCACAACUUCUCCCUCCCCCAACUGAGGUGGGGCCACAAAAACCACACCCACGUCAACCAGCGCUACCGUCGCCCCUCCGACACCCCUACGGCGGCAGCCGAGAACCACCACCACAGCCCGUCACCGUCGGAGCAGGAAUCCUACGGCGGCAAUAGAGAUAUGAGCCGGUUCCCGAUGGCGUCCUGUUCUUCGCAGAAAGCUGUUAUAGAGAGAGAAGAGGAGAGAGAGAAGGAGAAGCCGUGGAAUUUGAGGCCGAGGAAGGCCGUCGUGAGGAUUCCGAGCAAUGGAGGAGAGUUGACGGAAACGGCGCCGUUCUCGGAGAACUUGCCGAAAUCGACGAGGUUAAGAGGUUACGUGGAAGGUCAGAAGAAGAAGGAGGAGGAGGAGGAGAAGAGGAAGUACUUGUGGAUCGCGUUGUGUCGGGAGGAGAUCGAAGAGGACGUGUACGCGAUGACCGGGUCGAAGCCCGCCCGGAGGCCCAAGAAGAGGCCCAAGACCGUCCAAAAGCAGCUCGACAAUCUUUUCCCGGGGUCGUAUUUGACGGGGAUUACUCCGGACUCUUAUCGCGUUUAUGAUGCUCCAAGGUAAAAUAUGCUACCACUGGAUGCAAUGGAACUAAAUGUCGGUGGACGUAAUUUGUAGAGGUAGAUGCGAAGACAAGGGAUUGUGGGAUGCUUGAUACUGCUACAUUGAGUGUUCAAGUGGAGGUAUUAAGGCACUGGAUUAUUGAAAGAGGAAAGCAAUGAUAUACCUAAUCUCUUGACUUCGCAUUUGUACAGUGCAUUGUCCCAAUGCAGGAGCACGUUUUAGUUAUCUCUUAAUAGUUGGAAAUGUAAACAGGAAAGUUUAUGCGUGAAUAGAGGAAGUAUUAAUUGUUUUCACUUCUCAAUGCCAGUCACUGGCUUUGCUUC